CAAAAUAUUCCUCCUUCUCUCUCAGAAAAAUAAUAGAGAGAGAGCACAACAGCCAUCAAAAUUCACUCACUCAAAUCUCUCUCAGCCUUAAGGGACCAAGAUUUUGCCUUCAAAAACUCUAGGACAUUAACAUAAAAAAACAUUUUUCCAAAGCCCAUCAUGGCGUUAACAACACAACAUCCGCGUUCACAUUCGCAUAGGCGUUCUUCUGCAACAAAACAAGGCAAACAACAAUCUCAAACUCACACCUCCCUAAUAUUCAACUCACAGAGGUGUAUUGUAUUAACUCUAACACUCCUCGGCGCAUUUGUCAGCCUUCAUAUGCAAUCAGUGGAGGCCAUGGCCAAACGUUAUCCCACAGCGCCUGCUGAUACCACAGAUUAUGAUUAUGGCUAUGCCUCUCCCAAUGUGGAUAUACAAAAACGUUCCGAUUCGCUAGUGGACAAUAUGAUGGAUAAUAAUAAUCAGGACAACAACGAACGCUCAAACGACGACAAUGACAACAAUGAACGCGAUAAUGAAGAGAAAGGGGAUUUUAUGCCUCGUUUUAAGAAUCCCAAAAAUCUAAGAAAUAUUUACCCCAAGCCCUCGGGCAGCUUUAUACAACUCAGCUGUCCUGCAGUGGGCAAGCCAGAGCCCAAUAUCACCUGGCUAUUGAACGGCACCAAGAUUGCUCGCAAUAUGGGCCGUGUUAAGAAAACCAAAUGGGCCAUACUCAUGGAGGAUUUGGUGCCUUCGGAUUCCGGUUUAUACACCUGCAAAGUAUGCAAUCCCCUGGGGUGUAUCAAUCACACGACCAAGUUGCACAUCAGUGAUCGUGUCAACCAUAAGCCUAUUGUGCUAAAGGCUCCCUCAAAUUUGACCUUAUUCAUCAAUGGCAGUGGCGAAAUGGAAUGUGAAUACCUCUCGGAUUUAUUCAGCAUGAAAAGCUGGACCUUUACACCCUGCAACAAUACCCAUUGCUCCCCCAAUAGCACUGUAUUGCAGGGCGUGGAUGAUGUGCUGAAAUUUGAAAAUGUUACUAGGGAGCAAGAAGGUUGGUAUACCUGCAUGGAAAUGAAUGGUCUGGGCAAAUCUUUGACCAAUGCCUAUCUAAGGGUUCUAGAUCCCAGUGAGACCAAAGUGACCAAGAUAAUACGUUCCCAGACCAUAUGGGAAGUGGUGGUGGCCACCGUCAUCAUUUUAAUGCUCCUACUCUUGGCCAUAUUCAUCUACUAUGUAUGGCGUAAGAUGAAGCAUGAGAAGCUUUUAAAACAACGCAUAGAAACUGUACACCAAUGGACCAAAAAGGUCAUAGUCUACAAACCGGCUUCAGGAGAUUCUUCGGGUUCCAUGGAUGGCAUGAUUAUGCCGGUGGUCAAAAUAGAGAAACAAAGAACCACAGUGCUGCAAAGCUCCAACUCGGAACCGGCUCCCUUUAAUGAAUAUGAAUUUCCCUUGGAUUCGAAUUGGGAAAUACCUCGCAACAACAUAAUAUUGGGCGCCACCUUGGGUGAGGGAGCCUUUGGUCGUGUGGUCAUGGCCGAGGUCAACAAUGCUAUAGUGGCAGUGAAAAUGGUCAAAGAAGGUCAUACAGAUGAUGACAUAGCCAGCUUGGUUAGGGAAAUGGAAGUCAUGAAGAUCAUUGGCAAACAUAUAAACAUCAUUAACUUAUUGGGUUGCUGCUCCCAGAGUGGUCCCCUCUAUGUUAUAGUAGAAUUUGCUCCCCAUGGCAAUCUCAAAGAUUUUCUCAACAAAAAUCGCCCCAUCAAGGAGUAUGACAAAGAUGGCAAUCUCACUCCACCCCAACAUCAUUUGACAGAGAAGCAUCUCAUCUCUUUUGCUUUUCAAAUAGCCCGUGGCAUGGAGUAUUUGGCCUCGCGGCGUUGCAUACAUCGCGAUUUGGCUGCCCGCAAUGUUUUGGUCUCCGAUGAUUAUGUCAUGAAAAUUGCCGAUUUUGGUUUGGCCCGCGAUAUACAGGACACUGAUUACUAUCGCAAAAAUACCAAUGGCCGUCUGCCCAUAAAAUGGAUGGCUCCGGAGUCUUUGCAAGAGAAGUUCUAUGAUUCGCAAAGUGAUGUAUGGUCCUAUGGCAUUUUGCUAUGGGAAAUCAUGACGUUUGGGGCCCAGCCCUACCCCACCAUAAUGUCGGCGGAGGAGCUGUACAGUUAUCUGAUGUCUGGUCAGCGCAUGGAGAAGCCCGCCAAAUGUUCGCUCAACAUUUACAUGCUAAUGCGUCAAUGUUGGCAUUUCGAUGGCAAUGCCCGACCCACAUUUGCCGAGAUUGUGGAGAAUCUGGACAAGCUGCUGCUAAGUAAUGAGGACUAUUUGGAUGUGGCGGUGGCGAAUUUAGAAACGCCGCCUUCGUCCAGCGACGAAGAGGGUUCCGAUGCCGAGUCCUUGCGUUAUCAUUAUAAAUGAAAUGAAAGAAGCCAUGGCUGCAGCAGGUGAGAUUCUCAUAACAUAAAAAAAAGAAAAUACAGUAUCCUUAGGAUUCGAUAGUUGUAAGAAACUAAACAUUUUUAUAAUAGCUUCAUUAAUACUUAUUUCGGUUGUUACUGUGUGCACGAGAGAGAGACUAGUGUAAAUACUCAUUUUUAAGUUUAUAGCAAAUAAGUUGAUAUCAAUUUGUUAUAUUGUUUAAAGGAAUAAGAUAAUUUAUUUGUUUUUAGUUAUAAUUUUUAGUUUUCACCAACAAUGUGUCAAAUAUUGAACUUCGCAAGCACUAGCAAACAUUUCAAAUUUAUUUUACUUUACUUUUUCAACUUUUCUCUCUAGUCUCCCCAAAUUUGUAUUUUUUGUAUAAUUUUU